AUGUGUGAUUCCGCAAGCGGCCUCGACAAGGACGAACUGGAUUUCUGCCAGGAGCUGCUCUCUAUCAGCGCGCCCCACCCUCCGAAUUCGGUUCUCGAUGAAUCUACCUUCUUAGAAUUCUUCGAAUUGACUCGAGACAAAUCUGAGCAAUGGCUGGUCAAGAACAUGCAUCCACACAUUUUCCCUGCACCAGAACUUUUAGCGCUUCGCGGACAAGAUGGAUUCAAAGACCUCGUCGAAGGAUGUAACGAUAGCUGGGUACGAGCCAUUUUCCCGUCAUACGGGAAAUGCCCGCAACCGGAUUCCACAAUUGCUUUCAAGUGGAAAAAGUUCUCCAGGGAAGAAAUUCGGAAAUUAGGCAUCGUUAUUGGGUUACCAUCCAAGUAUUUAGCCCGCGAUGAUAUGUUCUUCCCUUUCAUCACGGGAGAAGCCAAAUGCGACAAACAAGGCCUUCAUGUCGCUGAUCGGCAGAAUAUUUAUAGCAUGAGUGUUGCUCUCGAGGGCAUCAUCGAUCUCUUCCGGAGAGCAGGCCGAUUGGAAACACUCAAUGGCAAAGCUCUUGGGCUGUCAAUGUCUUACGACAAUGAGACUGUGAAAAUGUUUGCCCACCAUGUGGUCAUCAAAACUCAAGAGCCAAACGACCAAUCUCGCCAGCAGCCAACGAUUAGCGCCUUGAAAUAUCGGACGAUUCUUGACGAAGUGAGUUUGAGUGCCAAGCAAGGGGGAGAUCGUUGGAAGCCAUACGAUUUCUUUUACAACGCAUGCCUGAAGUUCUCUGAACGCCAUCUCCAACGAAUCAAAGAAGCAAUCGCCCUUCUUCCCUCCCCAGGCGACCCGGGCGAAGCGCACUCUCAACCGGCGCCCUCCCCGGAUGAAGUUGGGCAAGAGCAAAUUGGAGAGAGUGUUUUUAAGAAGCCUCGGAAUGGCGGUGUCGCCGGAGAACUUCGGAAACAAUUAGCUGUGCUCGAGAGGCAACUAGUGGAGCAGAAAGAGGAGGGCAAGAGGCGUGAAGAGGAGAGCAGACGGCGCGAGACCGCACUUCAAGCACAGCUGGAUCGUCUGCUACAAUUACUCGAAACAAAGAGUAGAUAAUGUAUUGUUACGAAGCGAUGGAUGAAUAUUUGAUUCCUGCAGCCACUACGUCCAUGGAUAUGUUAUGUAAAC